CGUGCAGACAAGGAGGAAGCAUUUCUCUUGCGCUGCCACUCUGCAAAAAACUGAAAAAAUUGAUAACCGAAGACGAAAGGACGGAUCUGGGUCAACGGGGUUUGACCAGUAAAACGACAACCCAGGGGCAGUUUCGUGAUUUCGUAACGGACUAAGGGUAUGGGUUAUGGUGGUGGUGGUGUGUUAUUUAUCUCCAGCACUCUGCCCAUUUCCUUCUUCUUUGUUGCUCUCGGCUCCCUCUCUUUUCCCGUCUCGUCUUCCUCCUGAGAAAACGCCAUAGAACUCUGCAAGAGAUAGGGAGAGGGAUGAGGACCCGUAAAAGAGUCUGCAAUCAGGAUGGUGUGGGCAUCUUCUCGGACGCGGGGACGGCUUCGGGAAAGAGGAGUCGGCGGAGGAGGACGGUGGACGGGGAGGCGGAGGCAAGGUUCUCUGCAGGGAAGCGCCAGAGGAGGGGUAUUGAUAUGUUCGACUCCCUGCCCGAUGACCUCGUCCUCUGUAUCCUCUCCAAGCUCAGCGCCUCUGCCGGCUGCCCUUCCGAUUUCAUGAACGUCCUUCUAACGUGCAAGAGACUGAAGGGGUUGGCCCUCAAUUCUCAGGUUCUGUCCGUGGCGUCGUCUAAAGCUUUUGCCGUUAAAGCUGAGAACUGGUGUGACUCCGCUCACCGGUUUCUGAAGGUCUGCGCCGAUUCCGGCAACCUCGAGGCCUCCUAUACCCUCGGCAUGAUCCGUUUUUACUGUUUGGAGAACCGGGGUAGCGGGGCUUCUCUGAUGGCUAAGGCCGCGAUUGCGUCGCACGCGCCGGCGCUCUAUUCACUCGCGGUCGUCCAGUUCAACGGAAGCGGAGGGUCGAAGGACGACAAGGACUUGAAGGCGGGGGUGGCCCUGUGCGCACGGGCCGCGUUCCUCGGCCACAUCGACGCCAUGAGGGAGCUCGGCCACUGUCUUCAGGAUGGCUACGGCAUCCGCCAGAACAUCGCCGAGGGCCGGCGCUUCCUUGUCCAGGCCAAUGCCCGGGAGCUCGCCGCCGUACUAUCCACCUCCACCACGGCCGCUGUGCUGUGCUCUCGCGCAUGGCUCGCCUGGGGCCAGAACUCUGGCACUAACCACCGCCAUGUGGGUGGCGCGGGGUGCCCGCUGCUGAGCGACUUCGGGUGCAACGUCCCGGCCCCCGAGGCGCACCCGGCGAACCGGUUCCUGGCCGAGUGGUUUGCCGCACGGGACUGCUCACCGGGGCCGGGGCUGAGGCUGUGCUCUCACGUCGGCUGCGGGAGGCCCGAGUCAAGGCGGCACGAGUUCCGGAGGUGCUCGGUGUGCGGGACCGUCAACUAUUGCUCCCGCGCGUGUCAGGCGCUUGACUGGAAGCUCCGGCACAAGUCUGAGUGUGUGCCGGCGGAGCGGUGGGUGAACGAGGACGGCGGCGAAGGCAGGGAAAACAACGGGGCGGCUGACGGUGGGCGUGACAUGAUGGAGGAGAGUUGACGGUGAUGGAAAUGGCAGCUAGUGUUCUGUUCUUUCCGGGGAGGACGAAAGUGAAAACUAUCAAAAAGAUGAGGGGAGAAAAUAUCAAGGCCAAUUUUGGAUGGGUAAGUCAGGCUAAAAAGAGUAGUCUUAUUUGGAAUCCCUUAUGCGGUCAAGAUUUUGUACAGAGGGAAAAACGGUUCGCGUAAAUAGUCAGGAGAAUUUUUACUUCAUUUUCAUUUUCUUUUUUCUGAAUUAUUUUCACCAUAGUGCAAUGGCAGGACGCAGGAGACUCAAUUUCGUAAAUUAAAUUAAAUUUAUUUCAGAAAA